ACCCCGAGCCACCACCUCCCCCACAUCCCGAUCCUGCCUGCUCCUACACCCCAAGACCCCUCUACACCCUGAGCCGCUGCCUGCCGCCUCCUUGAGCCCCUUCCCGCACACCGAUCCCACCUCCCCCACACCCUGAGACCCCUCUACACCCCGAGCCCCUGCUUGCCCCCACACUACGACCCCACCUCCCCCACACAUCUAGACCCCUCUACACCCUGAGACUGUCUGACCCCUCCUUGAGCCCCCUCCUCCACACCCUGAGACCCUUCCACACCCUGAGCCCCCACCUGCUCCCACACCAUGAGCCCCCCCACACCCGGAGAGCCCGGCUACCCUCUCACACCAAGACCCUUCCACUCCCUGAGCCCCCGCCUGCCCCCACACCCUGCCUGCCCCCACAUCCUGAGACCCUGCCUGCCCCCUCCUUGAGACCCCUCCCCCCACCCAGAGAUCUUGCCUGCCUCCUCUUCGAGACCCCUCCUGCUCCCUCCUUGUGACUCCUACCCCACACCCUGAGAACCUCCUGCUCCCUUCCUGAAACCCCUCCCUCACAUACCCCAAGACCCCUUCUGCUCCUCCACCCCCAAAACCUCCCUGACCCCACACUCGUGAAACCCCCUGCGCCUCUUCCCCCCCUCUAUGCUCCCUGCUCCACAUCAGUGAGACCUUCUCCACACAUCCUUGGGAUGCUCCCUGCUGCCUCCUAUCCCUGAGACCACUCUCCACCCACUCGUGGGACCCUCCCCCACUCCACCCAGACCAUUGCCUCCCUCAUCCUUGGGAUGCCCUCCAUUCCUGAGAUUCCUUGCCACCCACCUCUGGGACCCCCCUAUCUCGGAGAUCUCUUGGCACCCACUCCUGGGACUUGUUACCCGUCCGCUGGAACCUCCCAUCUCCCUUGUUACCUACCUUGGUACCCCUCCUGCCCCCCAGACCCCUCGCCAGAAAUUCCUGGGAUGCCCCCCACCUUUUCCACUCCUGAGACACCACACCCUUGGGACACACCCUCGUAUCCCAUUCCUGACACCCUCCUAUUCCUGUCACUUGUCCCCAGCCCUUCCACCAGGUGAGGCCCUGGGAAACCUCAUCUAUGUUGCAAACUCCCUCUCCAGGGGCUGGUAAAAUCAGAACUGCUUCCCAUCCCUAUCACUCAUUCUUCCCAGGAUAGGUGAGACCCUGGAAUGCUCUCCCUUGCUCAUCUCUGUCCCAAAAACUCCCCUACCUGGGGUAUUCUUGAGGCACCUCUCCUCUGCUACAGCUGCACACCCUCAGAACUGGUGAAACCCUGGGGUCACCCCCAUCCCUGUCACUUAGCACUGCUCUCCUGAAACAAGUGACACCCAGGACUGCCCCCCUCAUCCAUGUUCCUGACAGCUCUUCCAACACAUCCUUGGGACAACUGAGACCCUGGGAUAUCUUCUCCACAUAGCUGUUACAAAUACACUAGAUAUGUCCGAAACACCCACCAGGACAGGUGGCACUUUGGGACAGCUCCUCACUCCAGGACAGGAUCCCUGCUGUAUUCAGUGCAAAGGAUGAACUCUCUUCACUAAACAGAAAUUACUGUUCUGAGAGACAUGUUGCAAUACCACUCUUGUUUUUGAAUACCUGAAUUUGUUUGGAGACAGACAUAUAAUAUGGGAGUUCCCCAUUCAUCAUGUUGUGUCACCAGCGGUGGCUGAGCUGAAAUUUCCUGCAUCUUGGGGAGAGAAUGUAUAAAAGGAAUGGCCUCAUGGCCAAUGUGACCAUCACCUCCGCCACUCCAGAGGAUAGUAGCAGCUCUGACUCUCUGGAAGGAAGGAGUUCAGACUAUGCCAAUAAAAGCUAUGAUGCGGUUGUAUUUGAUGUAUUGAAAGUAACUCCUGAGGAGUUUGCAAGCCAGAUUACAUUAAUGGAUAUGCCAGUAUUUAAAGCUAUACAGCCAGAGGAACUAGCCAGCUGUGGAUGGAAUAAGAAAGAAAAACACAUCCUUGCUGCUAAUAUUGUUGCCUUUACAAGGAGGUUUAAUCAGGUCAGUUUCUGGGUUGUACGAGAAAUUUUAACAGCACAGACCUUAAAAAUAAGGGCAGAAAUAUUGAGCCAUUUUGUGAAAAUAGCUAAGAAACUUCUAGAACUGAACAAUCUACAUUCCCUCAUGGCUGUGGUAUCAGCAUUGCAAAGUGCACCUAUUUUCAGGCUGACGAAAACGUGGGCUCUUCUGAAUCGCAAAGACAAGACCACCUUUGAGAAGUUAGACUAUUUAAUGUCUAAGGAAGAUAAUUAUAAGAGGACACGGGAGUACAUCAGAAGCUUAAAGAUGGUCCCUACUAUUCCCUAUUUAGGAAUAUAUCUCUUGGAUUUAAUCUACAUCGAUUCUGCAUAUCCUGCAUCUGGCAGCAUCAUGGAAAAUGAACAAAGAUCCAAUCAAAUGAACAAUAUUCUCCGAAUAAUAGCUGAUUUGCAAGUCUCCUGUAGCUAUGAUCAUCUCAUAACUUUACCCCAUGUGCAAAAGUACUUAAAGUCUGUCCGCUACAUUGAGGAACUUCAAAAGUUUGUGGAAGACGACAACUAUAAAUUAUCCUUAAGAAUUGAGCCAGGAAGCAGCUCUCCUCGACUAGUCUCUUCCAAGGAAGAUCUUGCAGGUCCAUCAGAGGUGUCAGCAACUGUGAGGUUCAGCAGGAGACCAACUUGUCCUGAUGCCUCAGUGGCAGCCAGCCUCCCAACCGCUCCUGUACCAAGACACAGGAAGAGUCACAGCCUGGGAAACAAUAUGAUGUGUCAGUUCAGUGUGGUUGAAAGUAAAAGUGCAACAUUUCCAACAGAGAAGCCACGCCACCUGCUGGAUGACAGUGUCCUAGAAUCCCACAGUCCUGUCAGAAACCACACUCUAAACUCCGUUUUCACCAAUGGAAUUUCCAUAGGAAGUAGUGAAAGUUCAGAAUUUAGUGAGGAGCUGUCUUCAGGGCUUGAAAGGGGUCGGCUGUAUGCCACGCUGGGGCCUAACUGGCGGGUACCAAUUCGGAAUUCUCCCAGAAGUCGAAGCUGUGUCUACAGCCCAACAGGGGCCUGGAGUUGCACAUUAGGGAGUUCAACAGGAGUCAUUACCAUGGAAGGUCCUUUAAGAAGGAAGACGUUACUAAAGGAAGGCAGAAAGCCUACACUCUCCUCAUGGACUAGAUAUUGGGUUACACUUUCAGGAUCAACUCUUCUCUACUUUGGAGCAAAGUCAUUAAGAGGCACAGAAAGAAAACAUUAUAAAUCUACUGCUGGUAAAAAAGUCUCUGUUGUGGGUUGGAUGGUGGCACUGCCUGAUGAUCCUGAACAUCCUGAUAUUUUUCAGCUAAAUAACCCUGACAAAGGCAAUAUUUACAAGUUUCAGACUGGGUCAAGGUUUCAUGCAAUAUUGUGGCACAAGCAUUUGGAUGAUGCAUGCAAAAGCAACAGGCCUCAGGUACCUGCUAACCUUAUGUCAUUCGAAUAACUUGCAUCAGUAUGUAGUGUGACUUCAAAUGCCAAACAGUAGGAUGGGAAUAUCUUUCCCUUAAGAGAAGGAGCUUCCUAAUGUGAGCCAGCUGCCCCAGACGAGAUUACUUCAGCACUUUUCUAUCUCACUUGAAAGUGAUUUUGACACAGCUUUUAAAAGCAGAAAGUGAAUGUUGUCCUUAGGACCAGAUAUAGUCUCAUGCACUGAACAUAAUUAGACAAUUUAGACAGACUGAAGGUGAGUCCUGACUGAUGCAGGAUCCUGGAAACCUUGACUUUAACUUUGUGGUCACAAACUGCCCUGGACUAAUGUUUGACCACAAACUGUGCAUCACAUCUUCUGCCUCUUCUUUUUUAAACUGUUCUUUUUAUUGUUAAGCUGCUUUAUGUGACUGAAGAAAAUUUAGCCCACGUUGGGUUUUCAGUUCUUUCUAAUGCACAAAAUAAUUGACAGUGUUAACUUGCUGCAAAGUGUCAAUUAGAAUAGAAAAUUGUGGAACAACAUUUUUAUAACCUAAGUGCACUGAGUUGCUUGGCAAUGUGGUUGCCUCAGAUUUUGUAUCAAAUUAAAUCUCUGGACAAUUCUGCAGUUCACAUUUGAGCUAUUUGGGAAAUGUGUAUUUUGGCACAAGAUAAAUAGUUUAAUUUAGUAUUUCUUUCAUUUGAAUGUACUACUUUUAAAUAUAAUUUAAAGGACAAGUGAAGGGUCUAUUCCUAUUUAAAUUCACUUUGUGUUACAGCUUGUCUUGGGUUACUCCUAAGGAUAAAUUGCGCCCCCCCUUCACUAUGGGUUCUAUUAAUCUAAAAUCCCUAGCUCUGUGGAGGUAUUUGGAUCUUCCCAGCCACCUCCUGACUCCUCAGAAUGGCUCAACUUUCCACUCAUUGUUCCACUCUCAUGUGGAUGACCCAAUCCCACUCAGCACCUGCAUGUGCACACACAUCACCUGGUAGACAGAAUAAUGCCACUAGUACUUCUGUCAUGAAAUCAUGACGGGAUGAGAUCUAGGCAGGACUGACUGGCAUAUCAAGAGCCAUCAAGCGAGUAUCCUGGAAAGAGAAAAUGAACCGAAUGUAAGAGACCCUUCUCUGCCAGGAGAAACCUCCUGGCUCUCUUUUC